ACAGGCCCGCCCCGGGGCCUGGGCCAACUGAAACCGCGGGAGGAGGAAGCGCGGAAUCAGGAACUGGCCGGGGUCGGCACCGGGCCUGAGUCGGUCGGAGGCCGCCCCAGGAGCAGCUGCCCGCGCGGGACAGCACUAUGGGCUUCUCUUCGGAGCUGUGCACCCCCCAGGGCCACGGGGUCCUGCAGCAGAUGCAGGAGGCCGAGCUUCGUCUACUGGAGGGCAUGAGAAAGUGGAUGGCCCAGCGGGUCAAGAGUGACAGGGAGUAUGCAGGACUGCUUCACCACAUGUCCGUGCAGGACAGUGGGGGCCAGAGCCGGGGCAUCAGCCCCGACAGCCCCAUCAGCCAGUCCUGGAUGGAGAUCACCAGCCAAACUGAGGGCCUGAGCCGGUUGCUGCGGCAGCACGCAGAGGAUCUGAACUCAGGGCCUCUGAGCAAGUUGAGCCUGCUCAUCCGGGAACGGCAGCAGCUUCGCAAGACCUACAGCGAGCAGUGGCAGCAGCUGCAGCAGGAGCUCACCAAGACUCACAGCCAGGACAUUGAGAAGCUGAAGAGCCAGUACCGAGCCCUGGCACGGGACAGUGCCCAAGCCAAGCGCAAGUACCAGGAGGCCAGCAAAGACAAGGACCGUGACAAGGCCAAGGACAAGUAUGUGCGCAGCCUGUGGAAGCUCUUUGCUCACCACAACCGCUAUGUGCUGGGCGUGCGGGCUGCACAGCUACACCACCAGCACCACCACCAGCUCCUGCUGCCCGGCCUGCUGCGGUCACUGCAGGACCUGCACGAGGAGAUGGCUUGCAUCCUGAAGGAGAUCCUGCAGGAAUACCUGGAGAUUAGCAGCCUGGUGCAGGAUGAGGUGGUAGCCAUUCACCGGGAGAUGGCUGCAGCUGCUGCCCGCAUCCAGCCUGAGGCUGAGUACCAAGGCUUCCUUCGACAGUAUGGGUCUGCACCUGACGUCCCACCCUGUGUCACAUUCGAUGAGUCACUGCUUGAGGAGGGUGAACCACUGGAGCCUGGGGAGCUCCAGCUGAACGAGCUGACUGUGGAGAGCGUGCAGCACACGCUGACCUCAGUGACAGAUGAGCUGGCUGUGGCCACCGAGAUGGUGUUCAGGCGGCAGGAGAUGGUUACACAGCUGCAACAGGAGCUCCGGAAUGAAGAGGAGAACACCCACCCCCGGGGGCGGGUGCAGCUGCUGGGCAAGAGGCAGGCGCUGCAGGAAGCACUGCAGGGGCUGCAGGUAGCACGGUGCAACCAGGCCAAGCUGCAGGCCCAGCAGGAGUUGCUGCAGACCAAGCUGGAGCAGCUGGGCCCCGGCGAGCCCCCGCCCGUGCUGCUCCUGCAGGAUGACCGCCACUCCACAUCGUCCUCGGAGCAGGAGCGAGAGGGGGGAAGGACGCCCACGCUGGAGAUCCUUAAGAGCCACAUCUCAGGAAUCUUCCGCCCCAAGUUCUCGCUCCCUCCACCGCUGCAGCUUGUUCCGGAGGUGCAGAAGCCCCUGCAUGAGCAGCUGUGGUACCACGGGGCCAUCCCAAGGGCAGAGGUGGCUGAGUUGCUGGUGCACUCUGGGGACUUCCUGGUGCGGGAGAGCCAGGGCAAGCAGGAGUACGUGCUGUCAGUGCUGUGGGAUGGUCUGCCCCGGCACUUCAUCAUCCAGUCCUUGGACGGCUCAGGCCCCCUCAGAAUGGAGGCUGUUGACCCCAGGUCCUCUGCCCUGCAGAACCUGUACCGACUGGAAGGGGAAGGCUUUCCCAGCAUUCCCUUGCUCAUCGACCACCUACUGAGCACCCAGCAGCCCCUCACCAAGAAGAGCGGUGUCGUCCUGCACAGGGCUGUGCCCAAGGACAAGUGGGUGCUGAACCAUGAGGACCUGGUGUUGGGCGAGCAGAUUGGACGGGGGAACUUUGGCGAAGUGUUCAGCGGACGCCUGCGAGCCGACAACACCCUGGUGGCAGUGAAGUCUUGUCGAGAGACGCUCCCACCUGACCUCAAGGCCAAGUUUCUACAGGAAGCGAGGAUCCUGAAGCAGUACAGCCACCCUAACAUCGUGCGUCUCAUUGGUGUCUGCACCCAGAAGCAGCCCAUCUACAUCGUCAUGGAGCUCGUGCAGGGGGGCGACUUCCUGACCUUCCUCCGCACGGAGGGGGCCCGCCUGCGGGUGAAGAUUCUGCUGCAGAUGGUGGGGGAUGCAGCUGCUGGCAUGGAGUACCUGGAGAGCAAGUGCUGCAUACAUCGGGACCUGGCUGCUCGGAACUGCCUGGUGACAGAGAAGAAUGUCCUGAAGAUCAGUGACUUUGGGAUGUCCCGAGAGGAAGCUGAUGGGGUCUACGCGGCCUCAGGGGGCCUCAGACAAGUCCCUGUGAAGUGGACUGCACCUGAGGCCCUUAACUACGGCCGCUACUCCUCCGAGAGCGACGUGUGGAGCUUUGGCAUCUUGCUGUGGGAGACCUUCAGCCUGGGGGCCUCUCCCUAUCCCAACCUUAGCAAUCAGCAGACACGGGAGUUCGUGGAGAAGGGGGGCCGUCUGCCCUGCCCAGAGCUGUGUCCUGAUGCCGUGUUCAGGCUCAUGGAGCAGUGCUGGGCCUAUGAGCCUGGGCAGCGGCCCAGCUUCAGCACCAUCUACCAGGAGCUGCAGAGCAUCCGAAAGCGGCAUCGGUGAGGCUGGGACCCCCUUCUCAAGCUGGUGACCUCUGCAGGCCUAGGUGCAGCUCCUCAGUGGCUCCAGCUCACACGCUGACAGCUCUUCACAGUCAUGGACUCCUGCCACCAGCAUCCACGCUGCUGGCAGGAUGCAGCUCCAUGUCUUCUCUGUGUCCCUGCUGCUGCCAGGGCUUCCUCUUCCAGGCAGAAACAAUAAAACCACUUGUGCCCACUGAA